AUGUCCCAAAAUAAUAGUGAAUCGCACCGAUUAAGCGGUGGAGGAGAUAUAAGAAGUGGAAGUCCUACUAAUAAUAACUUGUUAGGCGACGGUUCAAUAAAUCACAAUCAACCAUCAGCUAUUUUAAUGGGUUCCUCACCAACAAACACCAAUACCACUAACGCAACAACCGGAGGAAAUCAUCGUCCGUCGCAUAGAUUAACGAGACGUAAAUCGCAGGCACCAUCAAGCGAAGAUGCAAUAAACACAACACAUCCUUUUGGUUUUUCGUUAUGGAAACCAGCGUUAUAUAAAAAAUCGCGAUCAGUAACACGAAAUGCAAACUCAGCACUUCAUUCUACCCCUUCAUCAGAUUUGUAUCCAUACCCGGGAAAUAUUUUAUGGACGAUAAGUUGUGGCUGGUUGUUAGCAUUAAUAUCUUUUAUAAUAUCUAUCUUCCUUCUCUUUACACCAGGAGGAGGGUAUAAAUAUGCGAGGGUGUUAAGGGAAUUAAGUUAUUAUAUAUUUUGGCCUUUUGGUAAAUAUGUUGAAAGAUCGGAAGUUGAAGAUGAAGAAUGGUUUGCAGCUGAUGAAGAUUUGAGAAGAAGACAAAGACAACAACAAGAACGAGUAGGAAAUAUGAAUCAUAAUGAUUUUUUUAUGGCAAGGGAUACUUCUAUGAUCAUUACUGGCAUAGAAAGGGAAAGUGCUACUGGAGGUAGUGAAGUCACGGGAGGAUAUACCACAGAUGAAGACAUUAAUAGUGAGAGAAGGCCUUUAUUAGGGCGUACUAAUAGUUACGAAAGGAAUAGGAAGAAUAACAUAACGAUGAGAAAUUUAAAAAAGUUCAACUUAUUUAAAACGAUAAGGGAAAUCGGAUUCGCUGGGGUAGUCUAUUACUUUUGGUUCUUCCUAAUCAUUGCUCCCAUGUUUUUAUUAAUAUCUGCUUUAUGUUGGUUAUGUGUAUUUUCUAUUCCAAUGGCAAAAUUAACAUUUGUAUUAAGUAGACAUUUACGUAAAUACCCAUUAUCAUUACAUUUUAAACCGGGGUCCUCAUUAUCGUUACUUACCAACCAACGUUCGCUCAUUUUAUUAUGUACAUAUAAAGCAUUCGGAAUACAAUAUUUUAAAUAUACAUAUGAUGGAAUCAAUAUAUUAUUUAUAAAUUUAAUGCCAUUAGUAUUCUUUGUUAUCAUAGAUUAUUGUUUCCUAACUAAAAUAUUUGAAGAUUACUUUUUUACCUCACAAAAGUUUCUCUUUACAUUGUCACUGGUAUCAGUUAUACCUUUAAGUUAUUUCAUUGGUAUGGCGGUGGCUUCAAUUUCGGCUCAAUCUUCCGCGGGAUUAGGAGCUGUUAUCAACGCUACUUUUGGUAGUAUCGUUGAAAUCAUCUUGUAUGCGAUUACUUUAGUUGAAGGUAAAGGUAAAGUGGCUGAAGGCAGUAUAAUUGGUAGUUUAAUGGCCGGUGUAUUAUUAAUGCCCGGCGUUAGUAUGAUUAGUAGUGGAUUUAAACGUAAAGAACAGAAGUUCAACGCAAAAUCUGCUGGAGUUACAUCUACUAUGCUUAUUAUGGCUAUUAUUGGCGCUCUCACUCCAACUUUAUUCUUUCAGACUUACGCUCCAUAUGAGAUGACUUGUGUUCCAUGUAAAGGAUAUACACAAUUAACGGAUGAAUGUCAACUUUGUACUCACGUUCAAGUCGAUCCAACUUCUACUCCAUUAUACAAAGAACGCGUAAAACCGCUAAUGUUGUUUUGUUCCGUUAUCCUAGUAUUAUCAUACGUUAUCGGAUUAUGGUUUACGUUGAGAACACACGCCGCACUAGUAUGGCAAACGGGACAUCAUGCUAAUACAUUUGUAGACAAUUCAAACUCGAGAUCAACUUCAAUUUAUAAGAAAAUAGUUCCAGAAUAUAUUCUUCAACAAUUAUUACCACAUCCAAACCCACACGAUACACCUUCACAACAUCUGCAUCCAUCAAAUUCACAUUCUAAUACAUUGCAUCCAUCAUCGCAUAAUGCAUCUACUACCUCAACUUUACCGCAAAGACCAAACUCGGUUCCUGGUCCAAGUUCACAUCCAAUUGUUCAAAAUAACAUACAUAAUUUAGAUCAUCUAGCGACGUUAACAUCACAAGGUCAUUUCAUCCCCUCUAAUGCUUCGUUAAUUAGAUUUGCUCAUGAACCCGAAGAAGAAGAAGAACCUAGUGGUCAUGAUUCUCCUAAUUGGAGUAAAGUCAAAAGUGGAAUAGUAUUGUUAUCUUGUACCGCAUUAUAUUCUCUUAUAGCAGAAAUCUUGGUGGGGAAUGUUGGAGUUGUAUUGAAUAAUUUUACCGUCACCGAAAAGUUUUUAGGCUUAACUUUAUUUGCUUUAGUACCUAAUGUAACUGAAUUCGUUAAUGCCAUGUCUUUUGCUUUGUAUGGCAAUAUUGCUUUAAGUAUGGAAAUUGGUUCUGCUUACGCUUUACAAGUCUGUCUGUUACAAAUUCCUGCCAUGGUUGCCUUUUCUGCUUGGUAUAAUGCUGAUAGAUCUGACGAAGAGGAUAUUUCAAAUAAGACUUUUACAUUAGUAUUUCCUCGAUGGGAUGUAUUCUCGGUGGUAUUUUCGGUAUUUUUGUUAACUUAUACUUAUAUUGAAGGGAAAUCUAAUUAUUUUAAAGGAUCAAUUUUGAUCCUUUCGUAUGCAGUUUUGAUGGCCGGUUUUUUUUAUGCUCCUGAUAAUGGUGAUAAGAAUUACUAA